GCAAGAUAUUAGUGAAGUUUCUCUAAAAUAUGUCUGUAAAGUUGGUAUCAUUGCGUAAGCACAUAUCGGACUGUACGUCGUACUUGUUCUUAUUAACGCCGAAUAUCUUAAAGGGUCGAACGGUUUGAUUUAAUUUCAGUAGAAUAUUAUUAUAUUUGAAGUAAUAUCUAAAUGGUAAAGAUAAUAUGAGCAUUUUAUUCAUUCGAAGGGAAAAUUAUCAUCCUGUGACAUUUAAUACAUACAUAAUAAAAAGUAACUGAGAGUGAAUAGAUUAGAAAAAUUUGAAAGAGAUUUAUUCAUUACAUUAUUUUAAAGUUAAUGAAAAAAAAAAAAAAAAAAAAAAAAAAGGAUUCUUUGAAUAUGUGUAUUAAUCUAACGAAUUGGAUGUCGGUAGACGCAAUUAUAACUUUUAAAUUAAAUUAGAGGAAGGUAUAGUAUCGUUAAAAUUGCGUAUAUCCGUGAAUCGAGAUGAUGGAUGUCGACAAAAUUGCCGUGUUCGCCGGUGUGGGACUUGCUGUAGCAGUUGGAGCAUUUGUAUUAUGGGGUCCGUCUCCUAAACCUAGAAGAAGAGGUAAAGUGGUUGGCAUUAGUAAUCUAGGAUAUACUUGCUUUUUAAAUUCCUUGUUGCAAGCACUCGCUGCUUGUCCGACUUUAAUCACAUGGCUUCAAAGGCAACGAGAGAAGAACGAAAAAUGCAAUUUUACCACUACUUUGCUUUCAGUCUUUGAAAAAAUCAAUGGUCAUACCGACGACUUAUACGGAGAUGUAACGCCAAUUGAGAUAAUAUCGUCUCUUGGUUCGCAAUGGAGUUUUGCGCCUGGUUACCAAGAUGCUCAUGAAUUAUUUCAUAUACUUCUAAAUGCAUUGCAGGCAGAAAUUCAACCCAUUAACAGACGAGGUUGUCUGUCAGACGCAUUACCUAGAAGUCCUUUAGUUGUGGCAGAUCUUAAGGGUUCGGGAGAACCGAUAGGUCUUCGAAGUGUAUCAUGCAAUGAUAUAGUAUCUGCCGAAAGAAAUCCAAAUUCUAUGCACGGAUUUGACACGAACUGUAACAAUCAUAUGACAAUAUCCACACCAUCUAUAUCAUCUCAUAUACCUUUAGAGUACAAGCCUGGUAAAAUUCUGGAUAGAUCUUCGGAAAUGUUAUCGCAACAUAAGAGAUAUGACGCAGAAAACGAUGAGCCAAUAUGGAAUUAUCUUUGUGAAGUAUCUUUAAUUAAUAUGCCGCCUAUAUGGAACGAAGUGCAUCCAUUUUCUGGAUUACUAACUAGUCAAUUACAAUGUAUUAAUUGCAAUUGGAAGUCCCCCGUACGUUAUGAUAAACUUGAAAGUAUUUCUUUGCCAUUACCUGCUCCUGGUUCAGUUCUUCAAUGGAAGCAACAUACUUUAAUUGAAUUAUUUUCACGUUUUGUGAGUAGUGAAAUUGUUCAUGAUGUAGAAUGCGAUGGUUGUGCAUCUCGUUGCGAUGCUGUUAAAACCCUUACCCUUGGAAAAUUGCCUAAAUGCUUGUGUAUACAUAUACCAAGAACUACAUGGAGCUCAUCCGGAAUGCCAAUUAAGAGAGAUGAUCCUGUUGUUUUUUCUGACACUUUAGUGUUAGAUCCAUUUACAUUCAUAGAAGCAAAAAAAAGACUUGCAAAAGGAGAUGCACAAGCAAUGUUGCUUCUUACAAAUCAACGGUCGACCUAUGGUAAACAUAAAUAUCAACUUCAAGCUGUUGUAGAACAUCGCGGACCUGUGGAUGCUGGUCAUUUUGUAUGUUAUAGACGAGGAACUAGACCUGAUAGAUGGCUUUAUACAUCAGAUUCAACUGUUGAAAACACAUCCCUGACAGAUGUACUUUGUGCCAGUCCUUAUCUUCUUUUUUAUGAACGAAUUCAUGAAUUGCAUGCAUAGUUAGGAACAAAUUAAAUCUGAGGUUGUUAAAGAA